UCACUCGAGCGAGGCGAGAUCGAUGGUGUGAGAUUUCUUUUGCGAUUGAUUUCAAUUUUAUCUAAAAAAAUAAGCCGUGAAUACUUAGAUUACGUUUAUUUACUGUACAUCAGUAGGUCAAUAAAUAUAUAAAGAUGGGUAAUGAAAACUCUAUUCCGAUGGGGGAGCUCUGCUCGAACUCGCGAGUAAACCUCGUUGAUUUUAAGGUGGAGAACUUCGACGCGGACGAGAUCCGGCGCCUCGGCAAGCGCUUCCGCAAGCUGGACCUGGACAACUCCGGCGCGCUGUCCAUCGACGAGUUCAUGUCGCUGCCGGAGCUGCAGCAGAACCCGCUGGUGCAGCGCGUCAUCGACAUCUUCGACGCCGACGGCAACGGCGAGGUGGACUUCAAGGAGUUCAUCCAGGGAGUCUCCCAGUUCAGCGUGAAGGGAGACAAGCUCUCGAAGCUGCGGUUCGCGUUCCGCAUUUAUGACAUGGACAACGACGGGUUUAUAUCCAAUGGGGAGCUGUUUCAGGUCCUCAAAAUGAUGGUCGGCAACAACCUUAAAGACACGCAGCUUCAACAGAUAGUCGACAAGACGAUCCUGUUUGCAGACAAGGAUGAAGACGGCAAGAUAUCCUUCGAGGAAUUCUGUAAUGUGGUGGGCAACACAGACAUACACAAGAAAAUGGUCGUCGACGUCUAGGCCACUCACUCUCACUCACUCCUCAAUCCUCUGUCCCACUCUAGCUAGAACACUAUUCAAAUGGCAGCCAAUGGCGUUGCAGAAGAUUGAAAACAUUUCUCAUGUCAUAAGGUCUCUUUUCGAACGCACUCACGCUCCGUGUUAUUGUCCUUGUGUUCAAAACAAUCUUGGACUCGAGUCAAACUGUCGCACUCGUAAGUAAUUGUGUUAUUAUCAUAAUUAUUCUCUAUUUUAGUACGUAAAUAGGUAGUAAAUAAAUGAAACGGUACAAGCCAGUGCCAUAUUUAUUAUGUUAGUGUGAGGAUUUUCAUGGAAAAUAGCUCGAUUGAAUGGAGUUUUGCGUUUUAGUACCUAUGUUGAGGUAUUUGAAGUUACGAUAGUCUACAGAUGAACAAAUGCUGGCCAUUCGUUUGUCUCCACGUAACGCUACUGCGACGCCAUUGUACUGUGUUUAUUCUAACAUAAUUCAUCUUAACAUAAACUCUAAUGAACUAUAAGAUAUACAUACGUUUAUAUUAUAAAUACCUACUAUAGAAAAAAGUUUUAUCGUAGAUAAAAAUAUAGGUUUGUAAUUUUGUUGCGGUAAUUUUUGUUCGUAUUGUUAUUUAGUAUUUUAUAUUUUUUUGUUGGUAGAUGAUCUUUGGAGUUAGUGCAAAUCCAUCACAUCAUAGUUUCGCUAAAUAUCAUUAUUUGGUUUUUUUAAUGUGUAAGUUGAAUGUCAUAUCAAUUUGUAGCUGAUUACGAAAACUGUUGCCUUCCAUACCAUGAUCAUAAAAGUGCUAUGAUUUGUUAAGGACUACGUUAAGUUGAUUGGUUCUAGGGCGCAUGCUUUCGACACUGUCUAUCAUGUUAAAACCUCUAGAAUUUUCUUACGCAUAGAGUCAAUUUAUUGCAAUUUGAACCGGGAUGUAUAAUAUACAUAGUCGUUAUUGCUAAUUAUAUUUCAAAAGAGGAUGUUAUAAAAUUCAGAAGUUUUCUUGUAAGGAGUGCCACAAGGCAUCGCCCUUGGACCCACACUAUUUAGAUUCGAGUUACCGACUUACAUUACUUAUACUAUACUGAUCUUAUCGUUAUCGCCUUAUCCGAAUUGUAUAAUAUUGUAUGUAACUGUAUGUUAGCUCAUCUAGUUAGCUUCUUUUAUCUUCGUCCUUCGUCGGGAGUAAUUAAACUUAGUAAGAGUAAUUUAUGUAAGUACAGAUUUUACGAAACAAAAUUAUUAAUACACUCUACAAAAUGUUUGCAUCUCUACUGAACUAUAAAUUUUGAUCUCAAUUAUAAUUUUAUUGGAGGUCCGGACAUCCGAUGUACAGUCAACAAGAUGGUACAGUUUUAGAACAAACAUUUAGAAAGACGUAAUCAUUUUGUUGAACUUAUAUCGGAAUAAUGUCUAUAGUUUCCUAUAUUUAAAAUUUUAUCGUAAAUUAUGAAAACAGAUAUCAAUAUACCAAGGACUUGAUUUUAAAAAUAGUACUGCCAAUUUGAACGAGCCCCAAUGGAUUGCAGGUCUGCCACUAGUUUUUUUUAAAGUACUUAUCAUCGAUUUCAGACUUGAUCGAAAUUUUACAGGUACUAGAAGCUUUCAAUUGAAACUAUGAUGUGUACCAACCAUGUGUUUGAUUUUUCUGAAGUCGAGUCAAGAGUUUCACAAUACUUAUAUGCAGUGAACAAUCGUUUUAAUUUUUACAUUAUCUACACCGAAUCACUGUACAAAAGACUAUGAAAUGUAUUUUUUUAUAUUUAAUUCGAUUGUUUAUUUUUUAAACUAUUAUUUGGAAUGUUACAAUGUGUGUUUGCUAACUGAUUUAUAACUGAAAAUUGAGUUUAAAAAUAUGAUUUGAUCAAGACUAUUCUAGAUCUUAAGCAAUCAUAAAGACAAUUAAGCCAAUUUCAGUCUGCAACUACCCUUUAACACAUUCUUACUAUUAAUAAUACCUAUAUACUUUUAUCUAAUACAUACUUUAUUAUUAUGUAUAAAGAUAUAAUUUAACUUCAUAUUAUAGAUUCUAAUCUCGCUAAUGAUAGUUGUGUGUGUAUAACAUUAGAGGACUUUAUCAAAAUAAGCUUUAUAUUUCUACGAGAAUCUGAGGUUUGGCACUAGGGUAUAGGUUCACCCCUUCGAGCACAAUGUGAAUCUUAAGUAUCUAGUCACAUUUGUUGUGCAUUAUUUUAUAAACUAUCACUGUACAAAUUAAUUCAAUAUUAAAAAUAAAAUGUAACCUUAAUGUAGAUUCCCUUCCACUUGUGAUGCAGUUGUUGUUGCUAAUUUUAUAAUAAAUAUAUUAUUGAUCACAGUCCAGUGUCGGGAUGGGAGCUGGACGAAAGAAAUCACGCAUAGUUUUGUAUCAAAAUGACGGAAAAGGGCUUUUGGAGUCAUUAAUCUAACUAACUCUGUGUUCCAUAAUUAAAAUUUGUACGACAGGAGACUUAAGUCAGUCGAUGUCUCGUCACCCCUGGUUUCUGCAUAUUUCUAUGGACGUAUUGUUUAGCGACAUGUCGCUAACUGAUAAAUUAAUUCCGUAGAGAUACAUAGAGGCCACUAGUGAUUUUGCGUCGUCUGUUGUAACCUCAAUCCUCGUCCCUUGCGAAUUUACACCUUCGGAUUUCAGAAAGAGAUUGCCACAACCAGAAAAGGUAGAAAGUAAUGGUCAUUCUCCAUCCUGAUACAACACUAUGCGGAUUUCCUCCAUCCAGGCUUGGCAAUGCGGUGUGGUAGCUAUAGCACCUAGAUAUUUGUUCUACAUGCAACAUGGCUCAUAGAACGAGGUCAUAUGAACCAAUAAGGGCCUCUGAUUUGCGUGAUACUGUUUGUACCUGUCAUUUGCAAUCGUAACAUAGAGAUAAAUUAGCCGCGAGUGUAAGUGAGAGGUGACUGAAAUUUAUCCGCGUAUGUGCUAUAGUAUAUUGUUGUAUGUGGAGCAAGUAUAUGGGGUCUAUUUACCGUUUGGUAGCAACUGUUAGCGGUAUUUCAGCCGCGCUAUGUACAAAUUGUAUUUCGUGUCGUGUUUGUUACCAUAGUAGUCAUAAAUUAUAUCUUGCGCACAUUAAAAUGGGAUCCAAUCAGGCGACUUUGUUAGUUGUGAUUCUGUCUUGCACCCUCAAAGGCGCCAUUUUGUAAUCUCUUUUUAAUCUGUUUUUGCGCCACACCGUAGAUAUCCUUUUUGAUGAAAAUUUCACGUUAUAAAAUGUAUUUUAGCCUUUUGAGAUGCUGAAAAGUAUAUUUAUUUACAUUGAAAAAUAUUUAUAACCUAAACCUGGCACAGUAUAAUAUCAUUUUGUGUUAUCGUUUAUGUGGUGUUCAUGUAUUUUACACAUUCUAUUGUGAUGAAAUAUUUUAGAAAAGCUAUAUAAUUUAAAUUAUAAAUAAACUAUUGGAUGUGGUUUGUGUCUGGUCGUCCUUAUCGGUAGAUAGUAUGUCCUAAGUAAGUCUACACUAAAGUGGAACUGAAUUUUAGUUUUAUUAAAUUUUCGAAUUUCA